AUGCCAUCUCGAGGCGGAACCCGAACCGACAAUCGCCUGGCAGCAUUCGGCAAUCUGCUGGCUCCGAGCGCGCGAGUCGUUCAGACCCUCACACCAUUGGGCGGCAAUCUCUACAAAGCGACUUUGGUGAUCAAAGAACCGAAUGCCGGCGACGGGGGAGCUUACAAAUGCACCGCCAAGAAUCAGCUCGGCGAAUCAAAUGCGAACAUCAAUUUGAAUUUCGCGGGAGCUGGCGGAGAUGAAGGAAAAGCUCGCGGGCCGACGUUUGUUGGAAAACCGCGAAUCAUUCCCAAAGACGGCGGAGCUCUAAUCGUAAUGGAGUGCAAAGUCAAAAGUGCCACAACUCCAGUUGCAAUAUGGAUGAAAGAUGGAGUUCCUCUCACAAUGGGCGGUCUUUAUCACGCAAUUUUUAGCGAUUUAGGAGAUCAGACAUUCUUAUGUCAGCUGGAAAUUCGAGGACCAUCCUCGUCCGAUGCUGGCCAAUACCGUUGCAAUAUUCGAAACGAUCAGGGCGAAACGAAUGCGAACCUGGCGCUCAAUUUCGAAGAGCCUGACCCAGCCGAGAAGCCCGAACGGAAACGAUCAACGGCGUCGCCUCGUCCGUCGUCCCGCGGACCAGGCAGCCGACCGGCAUCUCCCAAAAAGAAGCAGCAACGCGAAGAGACGCCGAAACGAACAUUGAAGGCGCGCGAAGGUUCGCCGAGCAAAAAACUGCGAUCGAGAACAUCGACGCCAGUGAACGAAGACGUCUCGCAGUCAGAAUCGCGAAGAUCGAGUAGAGUCGAGAAAAUGGAGGUCGAUCAAGUUUCUUCAAUACGAAAAACCGAUGGACUUCCACCGCCAGGAGUCGACGAGAAGAAGCUGCGAGCUGGCAGUCCGUUAGCACGAAAGUCGCCGAGCCGUAAAAGUGUCUCACCGACACCGUCGCGCAAGAGCAGCACCGCAUCUGCUGCAGCUCCCGCCUCACAAAAUGACGACAGAAACAAACGAGCCCCGAUUGUGUUGGAAGCCAGUCGAUCACAGACUGGUAAACCAGGAAGUUCUGUAAUGCUUGAAGUUCAAUGGCAAUGCCAUUCAUCUACUAUUAUUGAAUGGUACAGAGACGGAUCUUUGUUGCAAAAUAGUUCUGAAUAUGUGCAAUCAUUCAAUGGAUCGAUAGCCAGACUUACAGUCAAAAAUUUGACGGAAGAGAAGACAGGUCUCUACAUGUGUCAUGCGAAAUGCGAGUACGGCGAGAGUCAAUCCAGCGCAAUGGUCAAACUUGACCAGUCUGAUAUUGAAGAGGAGCUGCUUAAACACCGCAAAAGCAUUGAAGAGGAGUACCGACGAAGUGAGGAGGAAAAGAGUCAAUCUCUUCAAACAGGGAAGAGAAAAGUGCGACGAAGUAAAUCCAAAUCGAAAAGUCCGGCGCCAUCGGCGAAGAAAUCGGCGAGCGAGCGUCCCGACGCUUCCGAACUCGAAACCGCGCAACGAAGUGAAAGCGCGAAGCCUGAUGCCGACGAGAGCACGUUCAAGUUGACGUUUUUCGAAAAGUGUCAAACGGCACUCGCGCACAAGUACCCGACCUAAGUCUAUUAUUCGUUCUCAGUGAUAAUUGAUGCCACUCAAAUGACGUCGCAUAGUUCAAUGAACUACACGUCGGAAUCCUACUUCCAAAAUAUUCUCAAACGCUCAUCGAGCAACGACGGCCGUCCGCCGCGGGCGCCUCUUCCGCCAGGAGGUCCUCCUCGGCACAAGCUCUCGCUUCGCACCGUCUCGGAUCGCGGUGCGUCGUCGACGUCGCCCGGCUCGACGCCGCCGACAUCGGCGCCUUUGAGUCGCGACUCGUCGAUGCACAAAAUAUCGCAAAUCCAUGCGUUUAUUUUGUCGCGGAUGCCCGAGGGCAUUGCGAAACAGAAAUUCUUGAAAAGUAUUCUUGACUUGGAAGGAAAACAGGGCGAAGCGAAAGAGACCAAUGCAAAAGCUGGCAAUCCGCUCAAAAGUCGAGCAUCGAAUAGUCGGUCGUCGAUUAACAGCAGCAGUAAUCACAUAUUUGAAUCGAAAUUCGCCAACAUUCCAAACUUCCGCUACAAGCAGUGUAGUUUGAACUCGAGAAUCGCUCGUGUCGGAUUUUGCCACUUAUCGCGAAAUCGGAAAACAGUGAAGACAUUUCACGUAGUUUUUGAGGUGUUCGGCCAGCAAACACCGAAAUUCGAUAAGUGA